AUGAAGCCCUCACCCGGGCGGAACACUGCUCGCUGGAAGCAUCCCUCUCCUGCCUGCAGCGGCGGUGCAGCCCCCGCGCCACCUCUCGGCUCCCGCACCUCCCCGGCCACCUUCUCUCCUCCCUCGAGUCACGCAGUCCCCAGAGGCACAUUCCUGGCGACUCCCGCUCCGUUACCCGGCCGACCCGGCUUGCGGCCGCCCGGGGGAGCAAGGGAGGGAAGGGAGCGGCCGAGGGAGGCGCGGCCGCCCGCUCCCGGUCCCCGCGCCUCGACACAAAGCGCCCGGCCCGCGCCACCUGUUUCCACCCGCCCCACGAGGCCGGGGGCCCCUCCCGACUGUGAUCCCACUUCUCCCCGCAGUCAAGUUUACCCCGCCUCGGCCUUCCCGGUGGUCCAGGCGGCUGCCGGGGCAAACCCCGCCGCGCCGCGGCCGCGAAAGCAAAAGCAGGCGGCGGGGCCCGGGAGGAGCCGGAGAGCCGCGCGCGGCCACUCACCCGGGCGCCCGGGAGCUGCCCGGGUCCCUCCGGAGCGCUGUCCGAGGCCAACGCCUUCAGCUGCCAUGGUUACCCUGGGGCUGCCAUGUGGAGAGACCACAGAGAGAAGCCCAAGGAAGCCAGCUGUUCCAGCCCCACCCCCACCCCCAGCUAUUCGUGUCUUCACAGCCCAAGUUCUGUGAGUAGCAUAAAUGAUUGGUACUGUUUUAAGUCACUAUCUUGGGGUGGUUUAUUAGAGGCAAUAGAUAACUCAUAAGAAAACCUAACUCAAUGUGUACCACAUGCCAGGCAGAUGAAAUUAUCUCUUGCUUAAUCUUCAAACAACUCUGUAAAUCAGUUGUUUUUUUCCACUUUAUACUACACCUUCUUCGUCUCAGUUCCACCACCUGCCAAAUGAGGAAGAUAAUAGACCCGGUGUAUUCCUCAGAGUUGCUGGGAGAUUCAAUAGAGAUAAUGCAUGAAACAGGACCUUGUACAUUGUAAGAGACACCAGAAUGUUGAUAUUACAUUUUCUGUCAUGUUCCAAGCAAGAAGAACUUUGAAAGACAUCUCUUCCAUGGAGGAUAACUAAACUAUUAAUCCUGAAAUUAUGAGAUUCAAGCUGUAAGGGACUUCCAUGAAAAGAACUUGAUGAUGUUAUGGACUAUGGCUUAUGAUAAUCGUGGUAAUAACAUUUAAAACAGACUCAAGUAGAGAAUUUAGGACAUUAUUUUAAAUCUGCAUUAAUCAGGGUAAAAUAACUGUUGCUAUAAAAUGCCACAGAUCUCGGAAGUUUGACACAUUCAUGGUUUAUUUCUUGCUCUCAGCACAGAUGUUUGCAGGGACCAGAAAAAGGGCUCUGUAAUAGUCAUAGUCAUUCAGGGACCCAGGCUUCUGCCUUUUCAUAGACCCAUGGUUACCUUGGUGCAUUGAGUUUCUCCAUUGAUAUUUUUCAUUCUCUGAAGAGAGAAGAGAGAAUCCAUAGAGGACUGUAUUGGAGAUUUAUUUCGGGGGGUCAAGUUUGAAGUCUGAGGCUUAACCAUUUCUUGGGCAAGAUGUUCUAAGAUAAAUCAAAGUGAAACACACUAGCUCAGUUUACCUUUGGGUUUUUGUUGUUUUUUGUUUUGUUUUGUUUUGUUUUUGUUUUUGUUUUGUCUUUUUAGGGCUGUAUCCGUGGCAUGUGUAAGUCUCCAGGCUAGAGAUUAAUCGGAGCUGCAGCUGCUGGCCCAUGUCACAGCCACAGCAACACAGGAUCCAAGCUGUGUCUGUGACCUACACCAUAGCUCAUGACCUAUACCACAACUCACGUCAACACCAGAUCCUU